AACUGCAGGACUGUUUCACAUUUUCACUGCCCAAAAUGUUGCAAAUUAUGGGAGAAGAAGAACAGAUUUGUGGAUCACCUGAACAAAUGCAUGGGUGCAGUGAUGGCUGAGGAUGGAGGGCACCACCUAUCUGUAAAACAGGAAGCUGACCGCCAUCAUAUGCCUGAAAACGUGGAGAAGAACCUGGUUCCUGAAGCAAAGGACCAAGAUUAUCAUCUAGAACUUGGGCCAAGUCCAGCGCUCCCGGUGCAGUCCGAGUUGGUUUCAUUUCCUCAGUCUCCUCACAAUCACGCCUUCACCAAUCUCCACAACUCUGCGUCACCUUGCACGGUCGCUAAUCUGAGAAUGAAUAGAAAAAUAUCUUUUGGAGAAGAAACCACACCUACUCAACUGUCAACAUGUUCCAAUGUGGAAGAGAAGUCAUGGCAUGAAGCUGUCAAGAGCCUUCAGACUCCUCAGGAAACUAGCAUUUUUAAGAGCAGCGAGGUGAUGGUGAGCACACAGUGUUUGCUAGAGCUCUUCCAGUUCUGCUGGCUUUGUCACAAAGAGUGCUGUAUUACCAUUGAGGGCAAUGAUGAGUUGUUUACAGUCACACAGGACUGCCAGAGUUGUAGCUACCACAGAGACUGGAGGAGUCGCCCUCUGUCAGCUGAACUUACACAGAGCUUUCAUGAUGAGGAAGAAAAUAUACCCGAGAAUGAGGAGGUGUUUAUUGAAAAGGAUGGGUCCUAUUUAUCUCUUGGUGGUGAUGAAGCAAGCCUGCAGGAAGAGAAAAAGAAAAGAAAGAGGAAGUCUGAUAGUUCAGAUGAAUGGGAGCAUUGUUUAGAUGAAGAGGCCACAGACUCUGAUGUGUCCAUGGAUGAAGACCUGUUCACAGGUUUAAAGGAGGAUGAUGAGGGUAAACCUGUGGUGUGGUGUACACAAUGUGGCACCCAGGCCUCGCUUUCCUGUUCUGUCCUUCAACACAAAAAAGUGUUCUGCUGUCCUCAGUGCAGGACAGGUGACAACGUUCAAACACACAACUGUGAAACACUACCUGUUUGUUUCGAUGAUGUCACCAGUUUUCAGACACAUGCUGAACAGGAGCACGGAGCCAAACCAUUCAAUAUACCGUGUCAGGAUUGUGGUAAGCUUAUUAGAACAAAACAAGAACAUGUAUGUGAACACAAGUCUAAAUUUAUUGUCUGUCCAGAGUGCAGGAAAAGGUUCCUCACUGAGGUUGGCUUAAAGACGCACUACAAUCAGCUCCAUUCGGAUUAUGAUCGUCUGUGUAAAUACUGUCUGAAGGUCUUCAAAACCAAGUCUGAAAAACUGGACCAUGAGCAGACUCAUCCUAAAGAAAAUCCACCAUACAGCUGUCCUGAUUGUCCACAGAUGUUUGACAACGUUCACAAACGCAAUAAACAUGUCAAGUCCCACUGAGGUCCACAUAAAAGUGUGUGUGAUGUCUGUCAGAAAGGCUUUAAGGACAUCAAGUUAAUACGGUAUAAACUCAUCCACUCUGGAGAAAAGCCUUUCAAAUGUCAAGUGUGUGAGCGUUCCUUUAACCAAGUAGUAAACCUCGCUUCCCACAUGCGCGUCCACACUGGAGAGACCUUUCAUGUGUGAGCAAUGCAGAGAGUCAUUCAGUCACAACGUCAGCCUGAAGAACCACAAGCAACGACACCAUGACUCGGGUUCGAUGUGAUUUUACAAAAGCACUUGUAAAAUGAGUGAUCUAGGGAAUGAUGAACAGUAUUUUAAUACGUCAUUGCACUGUGGUUACCUUGAUCGAGUUGAUCCCAGUGGAACAGACUUUGCUGAGAAACAUUUUAAAGGAGUCACUUGAUACUGAUCAGAUUUAUAAUAGAAAUAUGGCUGACUUUCAUCUUUGUUUGUCAAAUUAUAUUUUCACAGAGCUUGGAACUACAGAAUAAAUAAAAGUACAUUGGUAACAAGACAGUCAAUGAUGGCGUAGCUCACUCCGGCCCUGUCUAGUCCAGAAGGAGCGAUCUAAAAUGGGCCACCUUGCGCAGUAAAUGUUGCAAGCUAUGUACACUAUAGAGAAGCGAUAUCCACCCUAGGAAUACUGACCUAUUUACCAGAAAGAACCCAAAAUGGUGAGGAAUUGACCGGGAAGAAGCGAUUUUUGUUGAACUGCUCAUUAAGGCUUAAUUAGUCCAUAACUUCAUUAAUAAUUGUAAUGAAGCAAAUCUGGAUAAAAGUUAUAUGCACCCUAGGUAGCCCUAUCUUCAUGGCAGAAAGAAUCAAAAUCGGUGAAGAAUUGAGGGAGAAGAAGGGAUUUGUGUGGAAACUGCUCAUUAGGGAUUGAUUAAUUACCCCAUAUCUUCAUUAUUAAUUGCAGUUAUGCAAAUUUGGGUAGAAGCUACAUGCACCCCAGGCAGACCGACCUUCCUACCAAAAAGAAUAAAAAUCGGUGAAGAAUUGAGAGAGAAGAAGUGAUUUUCAUGAAAUGUGGAUGACACUGGAUGGUCAACAGGCAACACAUGAUGGCAUAAACUCAUCGCCUGUCGGCCGGAUGAGCUAACUAGGCUACAUAAAACAAAAUGAAUCAACAUUCAAGGAAAAUAGUUAUUAUACAUACAGGACACUUUUUCAAUGGAAUAAAAACAUGUUCUAUUCCCUUCUAGAAGAUUUAAUUAAUUUGGUUCGAUAGCAUGCAAUAUUGUUAGCAUAUAGCUUAUCCUACGUGUAUUAUGUCACUCUACCCAAUGGAGGAUGAGUGUUGAAUAUGGUUUACUAUAUCGCAUAGUUGUCAAGACAACAUGACGACGUCACACGUCAGAGACGUAAGACUUUGGCACUAGCAAGUGACUGUGACAAUUUGUAAACAAACAUGGCCGCCAGGUUUGCUUCGUAUGUUUGAAAGAUGGAAGAUUUUGAGAGAAUUUUGAAAGAGAAAGACGCAUUGAACACCUGAAAGGAAUGUAUAUGUAUAAUAAUAAUAUUGACUGGCUUUUUUACAUGGUCAAUCAGAUAUAUUUCAUUCAGCUACUCGUCUUCAACUCGUUCAGUAUCAUGCUAGCUGAAGGGAAUAUAUCUGAUAUACCACUCAAUGCCAGCCAAUAUUAUUUAAUCAGUCAAUGAUAACUCAUUAACUGGUUGUAAUGAGAAAACGAACUUUAUCUCGAGCACUAAUUUUCUUCUCAUCAGAAGAGCUUCAUUUGAUAUUUUUAUGAGCAUCAUCGCCAUAAGCAACACUUAAGUAUGUUCAAUGCCAGUACAGUCCAGGUUGCCUCAAUUGUUUAAAAGAUUUUUCCCUGCUAUGAAAUGGUAAUGUAUAAUAUCCAACACCUUUUUUUUUUGUGCCUCUUAUGCAGUGUGUACAGACCAGUGCCAACUUUCCAGUCGAUCUUUCCCAUGCAGUGAGGAAUUUCAUGAUUACAAUGUGCAAAAAUUAACCUCUUAAGUGUAUGAUUAAUUGUUUUUAAGAGCAAUCUAUGGUGAAAACAGGUUCACAGAGGAAGACCAACCUGGGCGUGGCAUAUAACAAAGCUUACUGUUAUCUUUUGAAUGAGGUUUAAAUGCUUUGUUUGUAAAAUGAGCACAUUUCGUAGAGAUUAAUAAGCUGUUGCGAAAUAAAGCCUUGAUUAAUUCAAA